CCGAUGGCGACCGCUGCCGCCAUGUCCCUGGGCAAUUACAGCAGCCUGAACCGGGCCCAGCUUACCUUCGAAUACCUGCACACCAACUCUCAGAUUUUUGCAUGUCGGCAGUGAACCCCCCAAAAUAACACCUCUUGAGAAGAGGCAAAGCCAUUAUUUGAAAUGAAUUUCUUCUGAGCACAUGUCUAGAAAGCGAGAAGCACCAUCAGGAAGCAGCGCUUAUUGGGGUCAGGCACCCAUCAACAUCUGCCUGCUGCUUCUAAGCCUUGUAAUGCCAUGUAUAGAGGAGAUGAAAGAGCUUGUUCUGUCUGAACUGGAAGAACUCUGUGGAACCACUUGACAUAGCUUCAUUUUGAUCAGCUGGUCAGUCACCGGCAUAAGAUUGUCUGCUGAUGUUCUAUGGAAGAGUUGACUUACUGUUAUCCAUCAACAGAAGAACAAAUAAAGUGCAGGUUUAUUUUUUUUCCCCUUUUCAACAUGUGAAGGAUCACAGUGGUCUGUAGCAGUCUAAAGAUGGCACAGAAACACUGGCAACUUGGUUUCAAAGUAUUUUUGUCUAGUUCUGUUGAGAUGAGGUACAUCUGCAAGAAGAGUUAAGACUAAUCUCACAUAUGCCAAGACCAUUGCAAUCCAUUUAUUUUCAGAAUCAGGAAAGUAAUGGGCUUUGAACAGGGAAUUAAACCUAGUAAUGGCUCCAUGUCACAUUUGGGUCUGCUCUCUAGCUUGGCUGGUUGCAGUUGUAUAUGGAGUGAACAGUCUGGUGCCUGAAGAUGGACAAUAUUGAACCAUGUUGUGGUGCAUUUGUUAAUUUGUGAAACGCUCAUGUCCAGCUCCAGAAGACAAUCUUUUUUAUGGAUUAGAAGACUCUGCAGAUGAUGGCAGUGCUCUGUGAGCAGGUUGUGUUUGCCUGCAAAGCUCCAGAAAUCUAUCCAUCUUCAUAAGAAGAUGAAGCCUGUGCUGUAGAAAAGACUGAGUUGCUGCUGCUGCUCUCAAGUAUAUUUAAGCUACUUCGUGUUGCCGUUGUGCUUACGCUGCCGUCUGCUUGUGUGCUGCGUGUCUACAGUGAUAACUGCAUUACUGAAUUCUUGGGAGGAGCUGGAAGCUAAUGCUUGGAUAAGCCAAAGCCAGAGCUUCUUGUCCAUCGUGAACAAAGAGUCUUUUGAGGUUAUGGGAAUCAGUGCAUAAGUCAAAUGCUUCCCUAAGAAUGGCAAUGGGAGUAAUGGAAGUCAAGAAAAAAAAAAAGAAAGCGCCAAACUAAACCAUAACAGAUAACCUUUCCUGCUCCUCUAGUAAAAAAAAAACUACCCAUGAGUUCUUGUUCGGUGCCCUUGCUGAACUUGUAGAUAAUGCCAGAGAUGCAGAUGCCACGAGAAUAGACAUUUAUACUGAGCGACGAGCGGACCUGCAAGGUGGAUUCAUGCUGUGUUUUUUGGAUGAUGGAACAGGAAUGGAUUCAAAUGAAGCAGCCAGUGUUAUCCAGUUUGGUAAAUCAGCCAAGCGAUCACCUGAGUCCACUCAAAUCGGGCAGUAUGGAAACGGCUUGAAAUCGGGUUCCAUGCGAAUUGGGAAGGAUUUUAUCUUGUUCACGAAGAAAGAUAACACCAUGACUUGCCUCCUUUUGUCGCGGACGUUCCAUGAGGAAGAAGGCAUCGACGAGGUCAUUGUUCCCCUACCCACGUGGAACGCACGGAGCCGUGAACCUGUGACGGACAACAUGGAGAAAUUUGCUAUUGAGACGGAGCUCAUUUACAAGUAUUCCCCUUUCAAAUCAGAACGGGAAGUGAUGGACCAGUUCAAUAAGAUACGUGGUGAGAAAGGCACCCUGGUGAUCAUCUUUAACCUCAAACUAAUGGAUAAUGGAGAGCCAGAGCUGGAUGUGAUUUCUGACCCUCAAGAUAUUCAGAUGGCAGAAACACCCCCAGAAGGAACCAAGCCCGAGCGCCGCUCCUUCCGUGCCUAUGCUGCUGUGCUUUAUAUUGAUCCCAGGAUGAGGAUCUUCAUCAACGGACACAAAGUACAAACCAAACGACUCUCAUGCUGCCUCUACAAGCCAAGGAUGUACAAAUACACUUCAAACCGUUUCAAGACCCGUGCAGAGCAAGAGGUGAAGAAAGCAGAGCACAUGGCGAGGAUAGCGGAAGAGAAGGCUCGUGAGGCGGAGAGCAAAGCCCGUGCCCUCGAGCUACGCCUCGGUGGGGAUCUCACGCGGGAGUCCAGGGUGACACUGCGUCAGGUCCAGAACUCGGCCAUAACCAUGCGGCGGGAGGCUGACGUCAAGAAAAGAAUUAAAGAUGCAAAGCAGCGGGCACUGAAGGAGCCCAAGGAGUUGAAUUUUAUCUUUGGGGUGAACAUUGAGCAACGCGAGCUGGAUGGCAUGUUCAUUUAUAACUGCAGUCGGCUGAUCAAGAUGUAUGAGAAGGUGGGCCCACAGCUGGAGGGUGGCAUGGCAUGUGGAGGAGUGGUAGGUGUGGUGGAUGUGCCCUAUUUGGUUCUGGAGCCAACCCAUAAUAAACAAGACUUUGCUGAUGCCAAAGAGUAUCGACACUUGCUGAAGGCCAUGGGAGAACAUUUGGCUCAAUAUUGGAAGGAUGUUGCAAUAGCCCAGAGAGGUAUCAUCAAGUUCUGGGAUGAAUUUGGCUAUUUAUCAGCAAACUGGAACCAGCCUCCGUCUAGUGAGCUGCGCUACAAGCGCAGGAGAGCCAUGGAGAUCCCCACCACAAUUCAGUGCGAUGUCUGUCUGAAGUGGCGGACUCUACCGUUCCAGCUGAGCUCAGUGGAGAAGAACUACCCUGACAGUUGGGUGUGCUCCAUGAACCCUGAUCCUGGACAAGACAGAUGUGAGGCAGCAGAGCUGAAGCAGAAGGUACCACUGGGAACUCUAAAAAAAGACUUGAAAUCAAAUGAGGAAAAGCAGAAACAACUGACAGAGAAAAUCCGCCAGCAGCAGAAAAAGCUGGAAGCUCUGCAGAAAACCACUUCAAUUCGGUCUCCAGCUGACUUAAAGAAACUGCCUCUGGAAGUGACCACAUGGCCUUCAAGGGAGCACACCCAAGCUCAGCGCCCGCGAUCUCCUCCUUUGCCUGAUAUAAUCAAGAAUGCUCCCAGCAGACCACCAGGAUCUUCACCUCCUCCCAGGUCCUGCAGUCAGCUGAAAAAGACCUCUUCAGAUCGUCCAAAUACCAGCUCUGCCAAGCUAGUCAGCAUGCCCUUCAAGGAGGAGGCCAGCACUUCCAGGACACACCAUCACACUGUUACAGCUGGGAAGUCUAACAGCACUUUAAAAACUCUUGCCAAGCCAGGUGCAAUCAUGAAGUCUCUCUCUGGCCUGCAGAGCCCCAAAAGCCCACGUGAGACACCCAAUCCAAAAGCUGCCAAAGUACCAGCAGUAAGGAAAUCUGCCUCUGGCAGAUGUUUACAGGCCUCCAGCACGCGAAAGAGGGCCUUGAACAUCCCAGAGGAUGGGUCUGAGGAGGAGGGGGAGCCCAAAAAGGAGAGGACAAAACGAGGAAAACUUUUGGCAGCGAAAGAGAAGGAUUCCAAUGAGGUGGUGGUGGAGCUCACAGACAGUGCUGGAGAGGAAGAGUUGUUGGAACUGAAGAAAGCACAGAAAGAUAAGGGGCUGCACGUGGAGGUGCGUGUGAACAAGGAAUGGUUCACAGGCCGUGUAACGGCUGUGGAAAGGGUCAGGCACACAGUCCGGUGGAAGGUGAAGUUUGAUUAUGUCCCUACAGACACCACACCAAGGGAUCGCUGGGUUGAGAAGGGCAGUGAGGAUGUAAGGCUUAUGAAGCCUCCCUCUCCUGAGUACCAGGUUCCAGACACACAGCAGGAAGAGGAGGUGGUCAUGGCUGAACCUUCUACCUCGGAUUGCAUCAGAAUCGAGCCUGACACCACUGGUCCCAGCAGCAGCCAAGAAACAGUUGACUUGCUAGUCCAGAUCCUUCGGAAUUGUUUGCGAUACUUCUUGCCUCCUAAUUUUCCAAUCUCCAAGAAUGAGCUGAGUUCCAUGAGCUCAGAAGGGUUGUUGGCAUUUCCCUUGAAAGAAUAUUUUAAGCAGUAUGAGGUGGGUCUGCAGAACCUGUGCAAUUCAUAUCAGACACGUGCCGAUGCCCGGGCCAAAGCCUGCGAGGAAAACCUGCGGAACUCAGAGAGGAAGCUGAGGGAAACAGAAGAAAAACUGCAGAAGUUGAGGACUAAUAUCAUGGCCCUUUUGCAGAAAGUGCAGGAGGACAUUGAUAUUAAUACAGAUGAUGAACUGGAUGCAUAUAUUGAGGACUUGAUCAUGAAAGGAGACUGAGCAGCUCCAGUACAAGUCCUGGAGAGAUGCAGAAGAGCUGGCUGCUGCAAAGGGUGAUGUGGAUCUCUGUGCAAGUGGUCUGCGGCAGCUGAUGAGGAGAGAGUUUUUUAGACAGUGCUCAUGUUGGUGUACAACUUGUUCCUGUGACUGUACAUGAGAAACAUUCCUGCUGUUGGCAGGAAAAUUUUUAACUUUGUAGUUCUCUGAAUCUCUUCCUUUUGUUUAUAAAUAUUUAUUUUGAAAGAAAUGGGAACUGUGCCUGGUAAGAUGGAUGUUUUUACCGAUGUAGAAGUGUGAGUACCCCUUUUGCAACUUGAGUAUAUUCAUAUGCUAAACCUGGGAGCUCGGAGCACUGUGCUUGGCUUACCGGUUCUCCAGUAAGAACCUGGUAGCAAUUAAAAAAUAAGCCUUGAGUUGUAGCAGAGUGGUUUAGGAUUUUUUUGUGGAAGAUACUGAAGUUGGGCUAGAGAAAGCCAAGCCAUGAAUUGGAGCUAUAGAGAGGAGAUGUCCGUGUAUGAGUGUGAGCAGAAGGGAUGGAACCUCGGUAGAACUCAGAAAUUUGUCACUGGCACCUGCAGUGAGCUUUCUGAACAGCAGGUCACUUCAAGUAGGUGUAACUGCUAGCAUGGUAACAGCUAAGAGGGUGAGGGUCCUUCUAGAAAAGGAUCACCUCCUAGACUGCUCACGGUGGGCUGUGAGCAUCAGAGGAAGAAUGCUGGAGUUCUGGUUCUCUGCUUGCAGUCACUUUAUCACUCAGUUCCACUGCUGUUUCUUUGAGACAUAAUUACAGCAUCAGAAGAACUCCUUGACUGCCUGACAAUAAAGUGACCCCCCUGUUCUAUUUUCAGCCCCUCAGGUUUGUGUUGCUUUGAUCAAUUCGCUCUACCAGGUAAUUUUAUUAUUAGAGUUUUCUAAUUAUUAGAGGCUAUUUGGAGCCUUCAGAGUUCUACACCACUGAUUGGCAUCUGGCCCUAUGCCUGCAGCAAGGAAAACACCUGUCCCUUAAUCCUUCAGCUGCAGCCAGCUCCUGGUAGGCCACUUGCAGACAAGAGGACUUCGUCAGAGUUUGUCAGCUGGCCAGCAGCUUCUUGGGCCUGCUAGGACAAAGUGUCUCUGGACUCAUGCUCAGAAACUGGAGUCCCUUGCAGGCCAGAUGGUUGGAGAAACAUGGUGUGAGCAAGAGGUACCUACUAUCAGGGAGAUCAGGUGGAGUGGACCCUUGGGGUUGACACCUGGAUGUGUAAUAGAUAUUUUGCAGAAAACCCUUCCAAAUUAAAUACCUGUUGCACGGAAAAUCUUUGGCACUGAUUGUUUAUAGUCCUGAAGAACUCCCAAGUUUCUGCUCACCACAGAAGAGAGGGAAGGCUUUUGCUUAUUACCUGAAUUCCAGGUGCUUGUCACAGCACACCAUGAGACUGCUUCCAUCCAGAAUCUGGGCCUGACAUCCCACAAUAAGUGAAGGUAAGGAGUAUUCCCCAUCCUCCAUACACCUUCCUGCAUAGAGGGGCAGCAUUUCUUGAACAAAGGAGCAGGGUCCACCGGUCUCCAUUUCCUCACACAUACUGGAGGUUUGUUAGUUGUGAUGAUGCGCUGCAGUUUCUGAUGAGAAUAAUCUGGAGAAGAUGCAUUUUUUAUUAAGGUGAAAGACAAAGUCUUCAUCCUUCCCAGGAGGCAGCAGACAUUGUAGAGAAGGAGAUUUUGUAAUAUUUUCUACUACACACAGGCUAUAAUUUCUGACACCCAGAGAGCACCAGUGUGGGGCUAACAGCUCUUGCACGGUUCUUGAGCUUCCUGGCACAGUUUGAUUUCCUACUUCGCUCAUGUUAGGAAAGUGCAAUUGUUUUGAGGUUUGGGUUUUUUCCCCCUCUGUUCUGUGGAAUUUCUCAGUUCCAUUUUAACUCUAGUUUUUUAAUGCAUUUAAUUUUUUUCAUCUUCUAGCAAGGUUUUUUGCUAGGAAGA